UUCUUUCUUUUUUCUUUUCCUUUCCUUCUUUCUUUUUCUUCCUUUCCUAGGCUCCGCUUGCCGUAGCAUACACCCUCCCGAGGGGUUUGCCCGGAUCAUUUAUUUAUCUUGUGCGCAUUAAGAAACCACCAUUAGGCUUUGGUGGGAGGCGCCUGCCUCCGUGCGCGCUGCCUGCCUGCACCGCGGCAGCACUACCGGAGCGGAGCGACGCUGCGAGCCUGCGGGGCUGCCGGUGCGGGCCGGGCUCUCGGCCGGAUCCGUCCCUUGGGCGGCCGGGUCGCCGCGGUCCCCGCCGGGGCUUCCUUUUCGUUGCUGUGUGUGGAUUGCCGCCCCCGUCCCGGGCGUCCUCGCCGGAGUUUGGAUGCGGGGCCGGACUUGAGCGCGGGCGCGGAGCCGCCGCGCCGCCUGCCCCGGGCCCCGCCCGCGGAUCGGCCUCCCCGGCGCGGCGCCGGGCGCGGGUUGGCCGCGGAGUGGCGGGUGCUGCCGCGCCGCCGCCCCCCGCGGAGCGGCCGGGGGUGCUGCUGCGCCGCGGCCGGGCAUAGGCGGGAGCCGCGCGGGGCGGGGGAGGGAGCGGAGCGGAGGAGAGAGCAGAAUCUGCCCCCGGAGGAGAGCGGCGAGAAGGAGCGGGCGUGUGAAGGAAUGUGUCUGCUCGCCGCCGGAUCCGCGCGCUUGGGAUAAAAAAGCGAGAAACACCGCACCCCAGGAGGCCGAUCCCUGCGACGUACUGCGAGGAGGGGGGGGAAAAAGGACGGGAGAAGAAGGCGAGCGAAGAGGCAGACGCGGGCCGCGCGGGAGGAGGGCGCCGGCGGAUGGCGCGGCCGCGGGAGGCUGCGCGGGGCAUGCCGGCGGCGUGACUGAGCGGGCGCUGCCGCCGCAUGCCGCCGGCGCGCUGAUGUCCCGCGGCCGCGGCGGGGCUGCGGAGGGCCCCUAGGAUGAGCGAGGGGGCUGCCGGCGCCGCGGCGCCCGGGGCGGCGGAGGCGGCGGCGGCGGCGGGGGGCCCGGGCGGGGAUGGGGCCGGGGGGCCGCCGCGGGAGCUGCGCUGCAGCGACUGCAUCGUCUGGAACCGGCAGCAGACGUGGCUGUGCGUGGUGCCGCUCUUCAUCGGCUUCGUCGGGCUGGGGCUCAGCCUCAUGCUGCUCAAGUGGAUCGUGGUGGGCUCGGUCAAGGAGUACGUGCCCACCGAGCUGAUGGACUCCAAGGGGAUGGGGCAGGACCCCUUCUUCCUCUCCAAGCCCACCGCCCCCCCGCGGGGCGCGGAGACCACCGCGGCGGCCGCCGCCACGCCGCGGCCGCCCAGCCGCAUCAGCCCCCGCCUCACCACCAUGAGCAGGGCCCCCCCGCGGCCCCCCGGCACCCGCGGCCCGGCGCGGGGCGGCCCGCGGCCCACGGCGGCGCGGCACACGGCCGCCCCCCACACGGCGCUGCCCGCCACCGGCCCCCCCGGCACCGCCGUUCUCGGCGCCCGGCCGCCGCCCGCCGCCGCCGGCACCCCGCCGCCGCCCGCCGGGCCCACUGCGGCACACGCUACCUCCGCCUACAAGAUCUACGUCCACGACUCCGCGCCGUCCUGGACGCUGUCGCCCUUCCAGGAGUCCACCACCGCCACGCCCGAGGCCAGCACUACCCCCAAAACGCAUACUACAACGUAUUCCACUGAGCGAUCUGAGCACUUUAAGCCAUGCAAAGACAAGGAUCUGGCAUAUUGUCUCAAUGAAGGGGAAUGCUUUGUGAUCGAAACCUUAACAGGAUCACACAAACACUGCCGGUGCAAAGAGGGCUACCAGGGAGUCCGCUGUGACCAAUUUUUGCCGAAAACCGACUCAAUCUUGUCAGAUCCAACGGACCACUUAGGAAUUGAAUUCAUGGAGAGCGAAGAAGUGUACCAGCGCCAGGUGCUGUCUAUUUCCUGUAUCGUCUUUGGCAUAGUCGUAGUGGGCAUGCUUUGUGCAGCGUUCUACUUCAAAGCAAAGAAAGAAACAAAGCAAAUUCAUGAACAGCUGAAAGAAACACAGAAUAGGAAAACCUACAGCCUAAAUGCUUCCAGCAUGAUGGCAAAGUCAGAGUGUAUGGCACAAAGCCGAGUCCAGCUGCAACAUUAUUCAAAAGCAGAUAGGCGUCCUGGGCCUAUGCUGGACAAAGUGAUGGAGUCUAGUUUUUCAGGCCCUCCGUCUUUCCCCGAGGCCUUGUCUCCUGACAGAGGAACCCAGCCCAUCAAGCAACACAGAAGUCUGUCUUCAUGCUGCAGCCCAGGACAAAAAGGUGGGAUUCUACAUAAAAAUGCCUUUCGGAGGACUCCUCCCUUACCUCGGGGUAGGUUCAAUGGAAUUACGGGACCAGCAUAUCAACAGCUAGAAGAGUCAAGGAUCACAGACCAGGACACGAUACCUUGUCAAAGGUAUUCAUCCAGUGGUUUAAAAACUCCUCAGAAUACUUCAAUAAAUAUGCAACUGCCUUCAAGAGAGACAACCCCUUAUUUUAAUAACGUGGAUCAGAAGGACUUGGUUGGAUAUUCAUCUUCAAGGGCCAACUCAGUUCCCAUCAUCCCGUCUGUGGGCUUGGAUGAAGCCUGCAUGCAAAUGCAAAAUGUUCCUGAAGUAACAGGCAUCAAAUGGUGCAAAAACUCUUAUUCUGCUGAACUUGUCAAUGUGAGUUCCCCAGUCAGUAAUUGUCUUAUAGCAGAACAACAUGAAGUGAAAAUAUUGCUAGAAACUGUCCAGGAGCAGAUUCGAAUUCUGACUGAUGCAAGGAGGUCAGAGGACUACGAACUGGCAAGCCUAGAACCAGACAACAGUGCGAGUGAGAACACAGCAUUUCUGCCCAUGAGCCCCGUGGCCAAAUCAGAACGAGAGGCACAAUUUGUCUUAAAAAGUGAAACACAAAGAGACUCAGUAUUGACCAAGUGACUUUGUGUGGGGGUUGUGGGAGGGGAAAUAGGAGAUCGGUGCAUUUGAUGCUUUGCUAAACAGGAAAGGAGGAAAUUAAAUACAAAUUAUUUAUAUGCAUUAAUUUAAGAGCAUCUACUUAGAAGAAACCAAAUAGUCAAUCGCCCUCAUAUCAUAGUGUUUUUUAACAAAAUAUUUUUUUAAGGGAAAGAAAAGUUCCAGGAGGGAUGAAGCUUACAUCAAGUGCUUUCUAGACAGGAUUAUACAUACAGUUUCAGUUACAGAGCAUUUUAAAACUGUCCUGUUUGGCUGUUAGAAGGCUUAGGCUAUGCAUAUUUUUUUCAGUAAAGGCCAAGACCAUUCUUAGAUUCACGACUGGUUUCAGGGUAGUGCUGCAGUCAGCUGCUGAUCAGGGACUCAUACCCUGGUUAGCCAGGCCCUUCAUCCUGGCACAAGCCUGGGCCUCUCUUCACCUCUUCUCUUGGCUCCAGGUUCAUAGUGUGAAAACAGACCCACAAAGACCAGCUCCUUGCCCAACUUCUAUGGUUUGGCACCAACUGUGGAAUGACAGUCAAUCCCUAAUUGAGCCAGAUGCUUAACUGUCUACCUUACUUUAAUACGUGAGUAAGCCCAAGAAAGUCAAUGGAAACUCGUAGGAGGAGCUUUGGGUUGGGGAAGUGUCCUGUGGGACUGGGGCCUGCCGCGAGGCAGGGGUCAGGAGACGCAGCUGCUCUGUCCUGCUCUGAACUCUGCUUGUCAGAGCGGGAUCGAUGGAGAAAGAGGAGGAACGAGGGAAACUGGAAGUGCAAAAGUGUGUAUCAUGGCAGGUUUGGUUUUGUUUGUUUUUAACAGUGGGAUUGUAAACUCCAUUGUUCGUUACAAAACCCUCCACGUUUCUGAACUGUUAUACUUUGAAGGCAUUUGUAAGCUCCGAGGAGCACUUCUGAGUGUGUGUGUAUUUUUUUAACUUAUUUUUAUUAUGGGUUGUUCAGAGAUGAGUCAGGGAGAUCCAGUAUGAUCAAAAUCCAGCAGAAAUGUGUUCAUGCUGCCCUAAUUUGUUCCCCCUUUCAGUUCUCCAGUCACUUUAAUUAAUCAUGGCUUAGGCUUGUGAACUUUAAAGCUUCAACCCUGCAGAUGGUUCAGUAUGGGCAGAUCCACAAACCUGCACAUAUGACUCUAAUGGGCUGUACAAGAGCAGAUGGUUUCCACCAAAUCAAUCCCUGCAGGGGAUCAAGGCCUUAGAGAAGAAAUGUCAUUUCCUGGUUGCAGUAUCCCGAGCACAUUAUAAACAUUUUUUUGCAUUUUCUUUCGAGACCCUCUUCACCCCCAAACAGUUGUAACAUAAUAUGUCAAUAAUGCAAUGAAUUGGGUUCUGUGACACACACAUUCCUGUUUUUAUUAUUAUUAAAGUGUCUGCUUAAAUUACUUGUGGGGAAAAAAGAAAAUGAACUAUAGUAAAUAAUUACCAAAUAGCCUUCCCUAGUUAAAGUCAGAAGAUUGAUUAAAGAAAAAAAUUGCAGUAUAUACAGAUUGUAUUAAAAAAAAAUCCUUCGCAGAAAAUUAUUAAAUUGAUUAGAUGUGCCCCAGACUUUCCAGUUCACAAGACUUCUCAAGACUUCUCAAAAUAGCACAAUUGAUCACACAGUGCUGUUGUAUGUUGAGUCAGAAUAAAGCAAUAUUUUAACCUCUGUCAAGUAAAUUUGAAAAAGAAAUGCUGAAAGUGUAUGUCAUUUAUUUUGUCCCCAGUUAAGGUAUUAAAAAAAAAAACAAAACUAUUCACAAGUCUUAUUCAGCAAGUCUUAUUUGGGGGGUUUUGUUUGUUUGUUUGUUUUAAAACAAAGUUGAUUAAAUUGUCUUGUUUACAGAACUUUCUAUGGCUGUAAUCUUUGCUGUGUGUUUUCAAUAAAAAUAUGUUUAAGGGCAAACCGUACUUUACACCCCAGGAUGGAGCAUGCCUUGUUCUGACUCCCUUCUUCAAAGCUCUGUGCACUGAGCCUAGAUUUUAAGGUGGGAUCACUGUGAGCAGUGCUCUCUCAUGACAUGUUUCUACAAUGUAUCGGGGCUGGGCACAGUCUUACUGGCCAUGGGCUGAGCUGACUGCGGCUGGUGUGACAUCGAGCCCACAGCAAAUAAACCCUCUGAAAAGCAAGAUAUAUUAGGUGGAGCUCAGCUUCACAUUUGUGCAAUCACCUGACUUUUAUAUUGAUGCUGUUUACAUCUUGCCAGCUCAGGACAGAGGCAAAGUGAGCUCCCAUCUGCCUGUGCUAAGCCCCAUGGACACACCUGUAAUGUAGAGAACUGCUACUAUAUACAGCUCUGAUUCUGUAAUUUGUGAAGUGUGUUCACAAUUAAUUGUAUCGAAAGAUGGUCUCUCUGCAGUAAAGUGCAAGAUGCUGGCCUAAACAGAUGUUUCAAAUUGAAAUCUUUCCAAUCCAGACGGGCCUACUUGCCCCCAAAUCCUACCAAACAGCAAAUUCACUUUUGGAAAUGUAUUGGAAACACACGGCAAGAUUUCUGUUGAAGAAAGAACUAUAUCAUAAGCAAUGCCUUUAUUGAGAGAAUGUGUUCACUUAGCACCUCCAAAAGACCCAGAAACGGUCAAAGAGCAAUGUAGUUAAGACAAUUAAGUGUUUGAUUGAAUCACAGAUGAGGAUCUGAAAUGGUGAGGAAUCUUCAGUUUAUGUUAGAGAUGCGAUCUUGUAUUCAGCAAAGGAUGUGUGACUGUUAUAUGUUAACUGUUCUAUUCAGUUUUCGGCAUGUUUGAAUAGAGAGAUGUUAAUAUUAACCACAUGACAGACUAGUGUAUUAUUUGUUAAGAGUAUCACUUCAGAGCCUAUUGAAAAUGUCAUUGUUUACAGAGGAAAAGAAAAAGGUUUUAAAACAUCAAAAUAGGUAGCCUUGAUGUGAUUUGUCUGUUUCUCUAAUGCAACUAUUUUCACCCUGUGGAAUCUCAUAUUUUACAGUGAAUGGAACAACAUUUUCUCUGAGGUCUGGCAAUUUAAUUAUGUCAAAGAACGAAAGAUUUCAUAAAGUUGUACUUUAACAGCUGAAAUGGUAGGCCAAAUUUUGCUUUACUUAUGAACCAUAUGGCCCCAUUGAACUCAAUGGACCAGAAGGAAUGCAAGUCAGUGUAGAAUCUAGUUCAUUCUUAAAAUUACAUCUCUGCCUAGUUUUGAAAAUAACCUGUAAUCCCCCUGAAAGAAACUCUGAACUCAGUAAUUUACUUGUCACAUAAUUAAAAAUUAUAUCUGACCUAUGAA